AUGUCCACAGUGUUUAAGAAGACCAGCUCCAAUGGGAAGUUUUCCAUCUACCUGGGGAAACGAGACUUCGUGGAUGAUAUGGACACUGUGGAGCCCAUUGAUGGAGUCGUCCUUGUUGACCCCGAGUACUUAAAAGGUCGAAAGAUGUUUGUCAGGUUGAUAUGUGCUUUUCGCUACGGUCGUGAUGACUUGGAUGUGAUUGGUCUGACAUUUCGCAAAGAUCUCUAUGUACAGACCAAGCAAGUGGCUCCAGUGGAACCCACCAGCAUCCAGGGCCCCCUCACAGCCUUACAGGAGCAGCUUCUGCACAAGCUCGGGGCCAAUGCCCAUCCUUUUACACUUCAGAUGGUUGCUAACCUGCCCUGUUCAAUAACACUGCAGCCUGGGCCUGAAGAUUCAGGAAAGCCCUGUGGGAUUGACUUUGAAGUGAAGAGUUUCUGUGCAGAAAAUCUGGAAGAGAAAAUCCCUAAGAGUGAUUCUGUGCAGCUGGUUGUACGGAAAGUGCAGUUUUCAGCCCUGGAACCAGGCCCCGGUCCCUCAGCACAGACCAUUCGAAGCUUCUUUCUGUCAUCUCAGCCCCUACAACUGCAGGCCUGGAUGGACAGGGAGGUUCAUUACCAUGGAGAAGCUAUUUCUGUACAUGUUUUUAUCAACAACUAUACCAACAAGGUCAUCAGAAGAAUCAAGAUUGCAGUUGUCCAGAUCACAGAUGUUGUCCUGUAUUCACUAGAUAAGUACACGAAGACUGUGUUUGUUCAGGAGUUCACAGAGACAGUGGCUGCUAACUCCAGCUUCUCCCAGACCUUUGCAGUAACCCCACUCCUGGCUGCCAACUGUCAGAAGCAGGGCCUGGCACUGGAUGGCAAACUCAAGCAUGAAGACACCAGUCUGGCCUCUAGCACAAUUCUUCGACCUGGAAUGAACAAGGAGCUUCUGGGGAUCCUAGUGUCCUACAAAGUUAGAGUCAACUUGAUGGUGUCCUAUGGGGGCAUUCUAGGAGGUCUGCCAGCCAGUGAUGUUGGUGUGGAGCUGCCCCUGAUCUUGGUCCAUCCAAAGCCAUCUCAUGGGGAGAGAGCAGUGGCUACCAGCUCGGAGGAUAUAGUCAUCGAAGAGUUUAUGCAGCAGAACAGCCAGACACAGAGCUAG